CAGACAGCAAGAUGACAAUUUCCUCUGAUGUUUCAAACAUUGAUCUGACAAAGCCACAAUGGAGUCAGGAUACAUUUGUUGGAAGAGCGAAGCACUUUUUUGUUGUCACAAACCCACUUAAUCUUUUGAAGUCAUCUGAAGAGCUUGAGAGGGCUCGGGAAAUUGUUCUGAAGCACCAGAAAGGAGAGAAGUUCCCAGGGAUCACUUCAAAAGAACUCUGGCGACAGAAAUACAUCUAUGAUUCUGCUUUUCAUCCUGAUACUGGGGAGAAAAUGAUGCUGAUUGGGCGCAUGUCUGCUCAGGUGCCAAUGAACAUGACGAUCGGGGGACUCAUGCUCACUUUUUACAAAACUACGCCAGCUGUUGUUUUUUGGCAGUGGGUCAAUCAAAGUUUCAAUGCAGUCGUGAACUACACAAAUAGAAGUGGGGAUAAGCCGAUUGACAAAAAACAGCUUGGUCUUUCCUAUAUUGGAGCUACGGGAGGUGCUCUGGGUACAGCUCUAGGACUCAACUCUCUAGUGAAGAAUCUGCCUCCCUUGGUGGGUCGCUUGGUGCCAUUCGUAGCAGUUGGAUCGGCCAAUUGCAUCAACAUUCCCAUGAUGCGAAGCAGGGAGUUGUACGACGGGAUUCCAGUAUUCACGGAUUCUGGCGAGAGAGUAGGAGACUCAGUGGCUGCUGCCAAAAAGGCCAUCCCUAUUGUCACUGUCUCCAGAGUCCUGAUGGCAGUUCCUGGACUCACACUGGCCCCUAUAGUAAUGGAUCAACUAGAUAGGAAAACAACAAUUCUCAAAAGACGACCUUGGAUCGGAGCACCCAUUCAAGUAGCUCUUUGUGGGUUGUUUCUAGUCUUUGCCACGCCUCUUUGUUGCGCCCUCUUUCCACAGCAGAGCUCACUCUCUUUCGAGAAGUUGGAGCCAGAUCUGAAGAAAAAGGCACGAGCUGCAGGGCUCAAUGAAAAGUGUUUCGUAUAUUUCAAUAAAGGUUUGUAGCAGUCGAUCAAUCUGUACAAUUCGAGUCAGAAUAGUAAAAAAAAAUUGACUAAAUGGAUUUAAAGGCAAUUUUUUUCUCAAACUCUUCUAACAAAUGCUAGAGCAAGUGUAGCCUUUUCAAAAAUUUGUUAAUUUGUAAUACUUAAAACAUGAGAGUAGUACGUUACUUUUGGAGAACCGGUUAGCGACUUGAAUAGGUUGAAUGUCUGACCCGAAAUGUCCAUAUUUAUAUGAAAGUAACUUGAGGCAGUGGAAACAUCCGAUAGUUCGAAGUCCUUGAAGGGCGCCGAAUUGCACUGAAAAGUGUGUUUUUAAUGAGUUUGGCGCCAUGCAAAUGUGAGUGUUUUGCUCUCGUUUAAAUCAAUUUUACUUGAAUAGUUCAAACUAGGGUGAAAAUUUCAACUUUGUAGGUGCCUCAUCAAAAUACAUUGGGGUUUCUUUUCCGGGCGAAUGAAACGAGUUCAGUUUAAGUCAGACUUAUUAUAGACUAUUGGAUGUUUUUGAGGUCUCAUCUUCUAUCAAACUGCAGUCGUGUCUACAUCAGCAAUCUGUUAAAUAUGUCAUCUAUGAAUCUCAGUGCAAUUACAUUCAAUAUUUAAAAAAAGUUUUGUUUUGCGGUACUACUUAGAGCCAGUUUAUUUUCAUGUUUAACUAUAUUUUUCUGGUCUUAAUUUAUGAUUUAAGAAAAGUGUGCCAAACCGAUAGCUCUUUAUAGACUCCAUUAUCAACAUAUUUUUUAUCGCAUUCUUU